GUCGAAUUUGCCUCAACACGUCUCCGUCGCGUGAAAGAAUUUCGGAAGCCAAGCCCGCUGAGAUUCACAUGCUGGGUAGAAGGGCAAGGUAGAGUGUCCCUGUUACUGUUUGUUGUUGGAGUUGCCGUUUUUUUCGAGAGAGGCGAUCGUCUAGCACCGGUAGUUUGCAAUCAUUUUGUUUUUUUCUUUCUCUCCCCUUGUUGCUGCGGUGGAACAUUCGAUUUCUGCGUUGAAGGGCUUCUUGUACGAGGUGUCUUAUCUUUCAAAGAAACACCCACAUCCCUUCGCAUACUUCGACGAAAGGGUAGCAUCAUGGCUAAAUCCAAGAAGGAGAAGAAGGCGGCGCGCCGCGAGCGUGCCGAGCAGCUGAAGAGCAUUAGCCAACGUAUUCAAGACAAGCUGUUGUUGGAGGCAACGGAGGAAAAGACUGAGGAGAUCAUCUACACCCUCGCCCCCGCACCGCCGCUGGUGGAGGAGGCCGCCGAACACGCAGAGGGCGAGCCUUCCGUUAAGGACGGCAGCGCCGCCGCAGCUGCAGCAGAGGGCAGCAACGAACCCUCGUCGGCCGCCGCAGCAGCACUCGGCAAAGAGCACAACGAAGAGGGCGACGAAGGUGACCGGGUGGUGCUGCCCUCGUUGGGCGCCGGUUCUAAAGGCGGUACACGCCCCUCCUCCUCCGCACUGGCGGGGCGGAAGCACCAUAAGAUGUCGUGGGAAGAGCUGAAGGUGCGCGCCGCGGAGAAAUUCGGACCGGCGGCGACAGAGAUCGUCAGCGAGCACGACGGCAACGCCGUGGACCCCCUCUUCACGGUGCGCAUGAAGAUGGAGCCGCACACGGUGCCGGUGCCGAGCCACUGGAAGUUGCAGCGCACCUUCCUCUCUCGCCAGGCAGACCGCGAGGAGGCCGUUGGGAUUGUGCCGGCGGAGGUGGCGGCCCUGGGCAUUGAGAAAAUCCGCGCCACCAAGGACAAGAAGGCGAGCCCCAAUCGCAUCGCCUUUCUCUCCUGCUUCAUGACCGGCACCCCCCUGCGCCACAAAACAUACCAGGUGGAACUGAGCAGCGUGGGCGACGUGUUCUACGAGGGGAAGUGGCGCGUGAAGACGCACCACGUACCUGGUGUUCUAUCGUCGCGGCUUCGGCAAGCACUCGGCAUCGGCCCGACGGCGCCGCCGCCGUGGCUCUACAGCAUGCAAGCGAUGCGACGCCUGCCCCCGGCGUACCCGGAGAUCCGCAUUCCUGGCCUCAACGCGCCGAUCCCGGCGGGCGGGCAGUGGGGACAGGGCGAAGGGCAGUGGGGCGAGCCGCCGCGCAGCGAGAACAACGCCUUCCUAUUCCCCGGGGUGCGGGAUGAGGUGACGGCGGCGGGUGCGGCGCAGGUCGAGGUGCGGUGGGGGACGGUGCCCCCGCUCGCCCACCCUAGCGCAGCAGAAACGAACGCGCCGACCCCUCUCCCAUCUACGUCCGCACCGUCGCCGGCAGCUGUCGCUUCACCGCGGCCGGCGUCGCCGUCGGGCAGUCGGCCGAACAUUACCCCGGUGCCUUUCCAGCCGCAAGCCUACGUCCCACAGCAAGCGAUGCCAGCUGCCCGUGUGACGCCGCAGGAGUUCGUGCACGUGCAGGACAACACGGCGAACUCCACGGUGGCGGUGGGGUAUGUGAUGAUGCCGAAAGACGGCGUACAGCAGCCUCAGCAACAGCAGUAUCCUGCCGGAAAUGUGCGACCAGCGUCGCCCAAUGCGCAUCGGUAA